AAGCCAGCUACCUCUUCAACUAGACACAAACAUUGGACUAGAGAAGAGGAUGAAAUUCUUCGACAUGCAAAAGCGAAAGAGUCUAGGGGGAAGAUUUUCUGGCAUAAAAUCUCGGAACAGUAUUUUCRUGGGACUAGAUCUGCAGCGCAGUGUAGGGUCCGAUGGAACAAUGUAAGAUCUACAUUUGACUCUUGUCUUCUAGUGGUGAAGAAGGUUCCAAACUAACCAUUUUUUUACUCUUUUUUCUGUUGAAAGCACGUUCAGCCCGGCAUCGUUCGGGGAAAGUGGGAUAGUCAUGAGGAUCAAAUUAUUCUUCAAAUGGUAUCGAAGGGAUGCUCAUGGAAAAGAAUAGCAGAUAAAUUACCUGGUCGAACGAAUGAAAACAUUCGUUACCG